ACCACAAGUAACGUGUGAAAUCCUUCACCCUCCUCCACUUUGAUCUCUCUCUCUCUCUCUCUCUCUCUCUCUCUCUCUCUAAAACCAGACUCAUCACAUUACAGCUCGCACCCACAUCAUCUGAGUUUUUCAAUUCUUCAUAGUCUUCAUUCUCAGCAUCAAAUUAAAUUUUCCAUGGCUCUCAAUUUGAUCCUCCUACUCCUUCUGUGUCUCAUUGUUCCUCUCCAAGGCUUGGAUUCUUCAAGGAAGCUGGAUGAAACCACCGUGCCGCCCGGCGAUCAGAAAUGCUCGCCCUGUGGUGACACUGUUUAUAGCUCUCCACCACCACCACCUCCGCCAUGUCCUCCGCCACCUUCCCCGAAGAAAUCACCUUCACAGUACUGUCCGCCGCCGCCUUCUUUCAUCUACAUAACCGGUCCUCCGGGGAAUCUGUAUCCGUUGGAUGAGAACUUCAACAGCGCAGGUCGCCGGAGUUUUACGGCGGCGGCCGCCUUAUUGCCCGGGUUGUUGAUCUGGUUCCUGGGUUUGUGGUGAUUUUCGAGGUAUGUGAUAUGAGAUCAUUCUCAAGGCAAUAUAUGGAAGAGGUUCAUGAAAAAUAUGGUUUAUAAUUACAUGUAUUCAAGAUUCAAUUCUCCUAGAUAAGGACAUGGAGAAUUUUGUUGCUUUCUUCAGUUUUCUCACCUUUUUGUGAUCCCAAUGUCUCCAAUAACGAUCUUUUUGUAAUUUUCUGUCGAACAUGUUGUAACAAGCUAUGAAUGCUUUUUUAUCUUUUCA